CUGCAACCCAUUCAGAAUUUCAUGGCGGAAACUUUAUCAACCGUGUCAUGCCCAGUAUGCCUGAGAGAAGUACAAGUCGAUGAUAUCAAUCGACACCUAGAUUCAGGCUGCCUCACCGCCACAUCUGGGAGAGAGAGCAAUGCAGAUCAUGUAACGUCACCAGCUACCCCAGCGUCCCGACGCAGCGUCCAAACGACAUUGUUCAACACUCACGGUAUCAAAGACCCUGCUCUUUCACUCUCCUCAAAGUCUUCCAUAUUUCCUUCCGGCUCCGCUAUUAAACGCAAGCGGGAUGUCCCUACACCUGAGAGAGCCCUCGCUACAUCGGUUAACACACAUGUGAAAGCACCAACAAGUUCUCCGGCCCACGCAGUAGCGACCACUGCAUCAAGUCAAGCGCCCCCUCAAAAACGGCCUCGAAAAUCCGAUCAUGUUCCGUUAGCAGAUCUUGCUCGGCCUGCCACGUUUGACGACGUUCACGGCCACACAGAGCUAAUUGGGGAAGGAACACUCCUGAGAUCGCUGAUCGAUCAGAAAAAAAUCCCUAGUCUCAUAUUUUGGGGACCUCCGGGAUCUGGCAAGACGACACUUGCUCGAAUCAUUGCAAAGUCACAGAAUACAUACUACCGGGAACUAUCCGCUACAAUACAUAAUGUUGCCGACGUCCGGAAGGCCUCUGAUGAAGCUAAAAAUCAUCGCCAACUCACAGGUCAGAAAGCCAUUAUCUUCCUGGACGAGAUCCACCGGUUCACAAAAUCACAGCAAGACUUUUUCCUGCCGCCUGUUGAGCGAGGUGACUUUACGUUAAUUGCUGCAACCACAGAGAAUCCUAGUUUCAGGGUAAAUAAUGCGCUGUUGAGCCGCUCGAGAGUAUUUGUUCUAGGAAAGUUGGGUGUCCAAGAUCUGAUCAAAGUCCUAAGAAGGGCCAUGAAGCUUAAAGUGGGCGACGAGCGUAUCCUCGUCUCCGAAAAGGUGUUGACGCAUUUGGCGACAUUAUGCGACGGGGAUGCAAGAGCCGCUAUCAAUGCAUUGGAAAUGGCGUUGGAUUCUGUAAUGGGGGCCGCGGGUGAUGGUGUAGGGGAAGUGACCGAACAGGCGAUAAUGGACGCGCUACAGAAAUCAUCUCUUUUGUAUGAUAGAAACGGAGAGGAGCAUUAUAAUAUCAUAUCUGCUUUGCACAAGUAUUCUCAACCGUUUAAGAGCAUGCGCGGUUCAGACGAAAACGCCGCCCUCUAUUGGCUUGGACGAAUGGUCUACGCAGGCGAAGAUCCUCUGUACGUGGCACGCCGGCUAAUUCGAUUCGCAUCAGAGGAUAUCGGACUGGCAGAUAACAAUGCACUACCGCUCGCCUUGUCGACAUAUCAAGCGUGUCAAAUGAUUGGCAUGCCAGAAUGCGAUGUGAUAUUGGCACAUUGUGUUACGUAUUUGAGUCGAGCACCAAAAAGCGUUGAAGUCUAUAAAGCUAUGAAAAAUGUAAAACACAUGGUUCAAACCUCGAUCGCAUACCCAGUACCCCUUCAUAUUCGGAAUGCACCAACCAAGCUCAUGAAAGACCUCGAAUACGGAAAAGGAUACAAAUAUAAUCCAGACUUUGUUGGACCAGUCAAACAAACGUACUUGCCUCCUGAGCUCCAAGGUACCAAUUUUUUCAAACAGGAUGAGGGAAUGUGGGAUGAAGAUAUGGACAGGGAGGCCAUAGAUGGAAGCGACAAGGAGAAUGGGCAGAUACAGAAUAGUCCCACUGAACCAUAGUCCAGUGCGGUUGAUCAAUAAAUGUCGUUGAUGGCGGAGGCUGUUGUGAGAUCAGCGUCUAUUGCAAAAAAGAAAGAAAAAAACAUGUACAUCUCUAC